AUGCAGUCCAUAUGCAAUACUUGUGUACAAACUAUAACAAAGAAGUCACCCGGCAUUCAGUGUUCGGGUUUUUGCAAGUAUUCUUAUCACCAAAAGUGUGUGGGUUUAACUAUCGAUAAGUUCAAAUUACUGAAGGCUAUCCCCGGCUCGAAUUGGAAGUGCCCAACCUGCUCAGCGGUUCCAGCAACCAGCCCGCAGCACGUCGACACACCCAGUGUCUCUUCCACCGUGGACGUUUUCGACGAUAACGAUCACAAUUCAGGAGGCAGGGGUGAAAUGAGUGUUGCGAAUGUUAUUAUACAAAUUCGUAAUGAACUGAGAGCAUUCCGUUUGAAGCAAGAUGAACUUGUCGACUCGGUCUCAUUCUGUUCGAAUAAAAUAACUGAUUUUGAAAAAACGCUGGGCGAUGUUAAAGGCUUAGUUGAGAAAUUUGAUGCGAUGAAAGAAGAAAACGAAGAUUUGAAGAAGCAAGUUAUCAGCUUGGACUCAAGAAUGAACAUGCUCGAACAAUAUUCCAGAAUGAAUAAUGUCGAGAUACAAGGAGCAACUGAAAGAAAAGAUGAAAACCUGAUCUCAGUUGUUUAA